AUGAGAUGCCUCAACCUGACCUUGUACGAGCGCCUGAGCUUCCUCUCUACCACUACAAGAGCUUCUGAAGGACAGAAGAUCUCCAGCCCUAUAGCCGCAUUCCUUAAUAAAUACCGCAGCCAAACUACCGGCCUUGCUCCUCACCUACUGAGAGCCCUCACCACUUUAAGCGAUGACCUUGCCUCAGUAGCCCAACAACAUUUCAACGCCUAUAUCAGCGGUAUCUCGAUGACCUCCAUUCCACCUGCUCUGUCCCCUUCCCCUUCCCACUUACCCCCUUCACUCCCUCCCUCACCGCCCCCCUCAGGUCUUGAACAGUCAACUUAUGCGUCAACUUAUGCGACUAUUACCCAAUAUGCCCCAGUCAAAUCAACUCCUACUACUCACCCUAAAGCCCCUGUUAAAAAGCCUAUGCCUCUGGUGAAACAACCCCUCCCUGACAACCAGCUCUUCCUAGAAAAAUGGAAGCCUAUGCCAUCUACUCUAGCCUAUGGUCUUAACUAA